AUGACAUCUUCAGUUCCUCCCAGCGCCGAACCCUCGCCUCGCGCCGCGCGCUCCGGCGGCGCAAAGCGGACAUAUCUCUUGACCUACAACUUCGUCUCGACGAUCCUUUGGGCGGCUGUGCUGGGCAGAGUCGUGCUGACGGUGCUGUUCGCGGGCUGGGGAAGCGUGUAUCGGUCGACGGGGGAUUUUGCGUUUUGGACGCAGUUGGGGGCUGUGGCGGAGGUGGGGCAUGCUGCGUUAGGACUCGUCCGCGCCCCACUCCUCACGACGGCGAUGCAAGUCGCCUCGCGCCUCCUCCUUGUAGGCCUGGCACGCCUCUUCCCGCGCACCGCCUCCUCGACUCCUUUCUAUACCACCAUGCUGCUCGCCUGGAGCGUCACGGAGGUGAUACGGUAUGCGUACUUCGUGUGCGUGCUAUGGGGCGCCUCCAAGCCCCGCAGUGAAGUAGGUAGCGAAGCAAGAGGAGAAGGCGGUGACAAAAGCAGCGCCGUACCCGCCUGGCUCUCCUGGCUCCGCUACAAUACCUUCUUCGUGCUUUAUCCACUCGGCAUCAGCAGCGAGGUGGCUGUGGUGUGGAAGGCGGUUGAGCCGGCGGGAAGGGUUAAUCUUGCGUGGGCCUAUUUUUUGAGGCUCGUGCUGGCGGUUUAUGUUCCUGGCUCGUACAUCUUGUAUACGCACAUGAUGGCUCAGCGGAGAAAGGUCAUGCAGGGGAAGCAGAGAAUGGCACAGUAA